UGGUCUCGUUAAUUUAGCCGAAAAGCUAGCCAUGCACUGUUCGCUGCGUAGCUCGAUUAAAACAACUGUAGCAAAGCGUUAUAUGUUACUCUAUCAUCUCGUAGCAUGAUUUAAAAAAAAAAUGUACAUUUAGAAAAUAGCGUCAGUUUUGCGCUUGAAACAAGGUUCGCUGCGAAGAGGUAGCAACAUGUUAACUAGCGAGCUAAUGUAGCUCGUUUGUCAAGUGGAAUAUAAACAUUUCUAAACAUUUUGGUACCAACAUGGCGGACUCGCCGCCGCUGUCGGGGGUUAAUGUUGUUCUGGUGAUGGCGUAUGGCAGCUUGGUCUUCGUGCUGCUGUUCAUCUUCGUCAAAAGGCAAAUUAUGCGUUUCGCCAUGAGAUCCCGCCGCGGCCCGCACGCACCCAUCGGCCACAAUGCUCCAAAGGGUCUACGGGAGCAGAUCGACUCCCGGUUGUCUAAAGUCCACGAGAUCCGGUUCGAACCUCGUCUCCUGCCCGAAGAUGAUGCCAGGCUCAGGCGUGGAUCACAGCUCAGUUGCUAUAACUACCUGUACAGAAUGAAAGCUCUGGAUGCCAUUCGGGACUCAGGCAUCCCCCUGGAGGAGAUGUGCAGCGGUCCCAACGCCUUCACGGGCCGAAGCUUCCAGAGCUGGCUGCUGGAGCUGCGCAACUCGCACUCACUGAUCAAGAGCAGCCACGGGGCGCUCAUCGACCGUCUGCUGGAGGGCUACGACAACGCCCGCCACGGCACUGGGGUUUUUGGAGAAGCGGAAUUUCUGGAAUACCAACAGGCGCUCAACGAAUUAGCAAAUGUCGUGAAGGCAUACUGGAGCACCAGCAGUGUGGAGCAGCAGCACCAGUCUGCAGCCAAAGACCUGACGGGUUCUCCGGCCCGCAACGCUCCAUCCACCAUCCAGGUGACCUACCUGCCGUCGACCGGCCCGCGCAGCAAGAGGCCCAAACACUUCCUGGAGCUGAAAAGUUUCAAAGACAACUACAACACGCUGGAGAGCACUUUAUGACUGAACUGUGUUUUGUGGUGUUAAAAGUUUUUGGAGUGAUAUUUUUGUAAAUAGCAUAUUUAUUUGCGAGUCACAGCAGAUUAAAAUGUUGACUUGUACAAAUGUUUAUUUCAGUUUCUUCAACGAAUUCAAGUGAAAGUCAGCCAUGAUGUUUUUCCGUCCACUAGAUGGCACUGCUUGGUAGCCAAAAGGCUUGUGGUGUUGGCAUUUAAAUACGAAAUAUUUUACAGGUAUUUUUGUUAUUUGAACGGUACCUUGAAUAUACAAUUUUGCUCCCUCAAAAAAUAAGAAUUGUUGUAGUAUCACAACCUUUUUAUAUAUAAAAAAAUCAAUUUGAAUCCUUUA